CCGCCUGUCCGGCAGGUCGCGGCCGCUGUCCGCGGUGCUGAAGCGCAGUUCAUCGUCUUCCUCCCGUCCCAGCUUUCCUGGGCCGGAAUGCGGUCAUUAGAGCUGACCGGGCUCUGUGCUGUAACUGGGCCUGGGAUCAUCGCUUAACAACGUCAGGGUUGCCGUAGAAAUGGAUGGACAGAGCGAAGAGCAGAGGCCCCUCGGCGGUACGCCCACAUGUAACGGUGUUUCUGAGCGGCGCUCGUUGGUGCUGGUGUCCGAAGCCCAUGGUCAGCAGAUACUGAGCGUGCUCCGUGGUUUCCGUGACAGAGGCGUGCUCUUCGACUUCAGCAUCCAUGUCCAGAAUGAGACGUUUCCGUGCCAUCGCUGUGUCCUCGCUGCCUGCAGCGACUUCUUCAGAGCCUUGUUUGAAGUAAACAUGCGUGAGCGUGAUGACGGCACAGUGACCCUCAGCAAUCUCUCCCCACAAGCUGUACGUGCCUUCCUGGACUUUGCAUACUCAGGUGAGAUGGAGAUCGGGGAAGAGAAUGUGGACAUGCUCUUUCAGCUCGCAUCCUUUCUGCAGGUGAGUGUACUCUCUCGUGCCUGCAGUGACUUUCUGGUCCAAACCCUUGACCUUUCUAAUUGCCUCCAUCUCUUGGCAAUCGCUGAGGGCUAUGGCUCGCCGCGCCUCUUGCACCGCUCCACCGAGUUUGUUGUGGCAAACUUCCAUGUGCUCUCCUCCUGCCCGGACUUCCUGGAGAUGCCAAUACAGGUACUGGAGCGCUGUCUGUCUGCCGACUCCCUCAGCGUCCCAGAUGAGGAGAGCGUGUUGCGAUCCCUGUUGUGUUGGACCCGGCAUGAGCCACAGAAGCGCCUCCACCUGCUUCCAGAGCUCCUGUCCUAUGUCCGACUGCACCAACUUCCCCUUGCCCUCCUUGAGGAAAUGGGCCGAUCAGAGCCGCUAUUGCGAGAUGAGAAGGAGUGUUUCCGAGUGAUAGGGGAAGCUCUGGAACAGACGAGGGAGUUUGGUGGCUUCUUCCUGGAUGCCCGUCCGUCCACCACAGCCAGCUACAUUUAUGUGCACAAGACUGAGGAGGACGGGGUGACCCGCCAUGCCUUCUGCUAUGAUGUGGCAGCUGACCGGUGGCGUGAGCUUCCCCGGGAUGCCGCAAGACUUGCCGACUUGCCAGGCUCAUCCCUAGCUGGCUUUGCAGAGAAGCUUUUUGUGACUGGAGGCUGUCGAGGCAACUGUUGCCGGACAGUGCGGCUCCAUAUCGCAGAGCCUGAGCAUGAAGCCACCGACGAGGUUUGGUGCUACUGUCCCAUCAUGGGCAGCUUCGUCCAGGCCCCGGCCAUGGGCAAAGCCCGCACCAUGCAUGCUUCAGUCACUGCUUUAAGUCGUCUCUAUGUGAUCGGUGGGAAAACUAGCGGGUCCUCACGCUGCACACAAAGCCUGCCAAAUGUUGAGUACUUUGAUCCAUUGUGCCACACUUGGAAGUCGGUCAGCCCACUGCCACGCCGGAUCUACUUCCCAGAAGCAGCAGCUUGUGGAAGUGUGAUCUACGCACUUGGCUCUGAGCUGGAAAUGUCAGAAGCCUUCAACCCAUCACUGGACUGCUUCUUCCGCUAUGACGCCAUUGCCGAUCAGUGGUGCCAGCUAGUAGCUGAGUUUGGCCAGUUCUUCCAUGCUACCCUUGUUAAGGCUGUGGCCAUUAAUGAGACGCUGUACUUAUGUGACCUGUCCACCUACAAAGUGUAUAGCUUCUGCCCAGACACUUGUGUGUGGAAGGGUGAAGGCUCGUUUGAGUGUGCUGGCUUCAACGCUGGGGCUAUAGGCGUGCGGGACAGGAUCUACAUCCUGGGCGGGGACUACUCUCCGGAUGAGAUCACAGAUGAGGUGCAGGUAUACCACAGUGGACGCUCUGAGUGGGAGGAGGUGGCCCCCAUGCCUCGGCCACUCACUGAGUUCCAUUGCCAGGUCCUCAAUUUCAACCGGUACAGAGACCCUUGGAGGUCAGAGCCUGCAGAAACACUGUGAAAGAACCCAUCAUCUGAACUUGCAUGUACGCACAAACUGUUCAUAUAGAAAACCACUACAGGUAUUCCAGGAAAAACGCAUGCAUGUUUUGCACACUUUCCACUGAGCUAUACACAUGUUCACUGUCAUAACAAAACCCUCCGAAAUGGACAAAAUGUUCUUAACUGAGCCCCAAGGAAUAACUGAGGUAUCAAACUAGCUUGUCUAUUGCUACUCAUCAUUCAACCAACCAUCAUGCUUAGUAUUCCGUGGGUGCACAUCUAGCAGUGAGGUGAAUAAGACCCUUCCUCUGAAUAGGGUCAGAUGUGGACCAAGUUUGCUCAUUAGAAUAUUAAGACUCUCAGUUCUUAGAUAAUUCUAAUCAGCAGUCUAUAAGCUUUGUUUUGUCAUAUUUCUAUCUUGUUUUUUUUUUUAGUAUCAUGAUGCUUCAUUAAUAUUUUACACUGGGCCUUUUAGGCUUUUGGACUCUUUCUAUUGGUCCAUUCAUUAUGAACCUUUCACAUAAUAUGAGGGACAGCAGAAGUAGUGAUGUAAACACAUCUUUGGAGCUUUUGAUAUGACAGCGAAAAUAGAAAUGUUUCCACACUUGUGCUGAAGGUGCUCAGUUUCAAUCAGCACAAAUAUCUGUGGAAAGCACAUUGACACAGAGCGCCAGCUCCUCAUCCACAGCCUGUACAGAAUAGAAAAUGUUUAUUUGGCUGUUCUUCUGAAUAUACCAUACAGAUAUAUUUCCACUUCAAGAAACAAAGAAAAAAGUGAGAAAAAAGCAAAUAACCAUUCAACAUUAUAUCAACAUUAUAAGCUAUAUUGCACAGUAAAAAAUAUAAAACAAAAAUAUAGUUAAUAAAAAAAAGUUCGAAAAUACACUUCAAAAGUUUGGAAUCUGCGUUAUUAAUAAUAUAAAACCAAUUGAGCUGCAGAUUCACUGAACUUCACAGCCAUUAAUUAGUAGGCAGCUAUAAAAAUGUUGGAAAUUGUAGUGAAGUGUCCCAUGUCCAGAAUUACAGACUGAGCUAUAGAUGAUUACAUAAAGACGAAAAAGCUGUAAAACGUCAAGUAAAUAUUAUUGUCCAGGUAAUAAACAUUUGUAUUAAUAGAACUUUAUUAUUCCAAAUGGCUCAUUGCAUAACUUACAUGUACAUAAGAACUUGUACAAAAUACUCGCUUUGCCUGGGAAUUUAAUGAUUAUUAAUCCAAAUGAAUAUGACGAGAGAUUCUAAACUUUUGACUGGUAAUGUACACACUAGGGGAAAGUGACAUGCACAUACUGCACACAUAAAUAAAGGACAUACUGUAUGUCUCAAUGCUUUACUCAGCACUCAGUACUUUUCAUUAGCAUUAAACAGACACACACCUUUCGACAUCCACACUUACGGACCAGGACACACUCUAAUAUCUAUCACUCUAAUAAAAGCUAUGAAGUUUUCACAUCAGCACACACAGGAGGAGCACUUACUGAAUCUAUAAGCUCUGUGACGCCAAACCACGUGAAAACACAGAACCGUAGAAAGAACCUAAAGGGACACUCCAGCCAAAAUUCUAGAUGUAACCCUCACUAUGUGUUGUCACCAUGCUUACCCAGUAAGUAGCUAGAGCUAGGUGCUCCAGUUUAAAGAGUAGAACACACCAGUUUCAUUUCUUUUGGUCUGUUGGCUGUUAAAUGCGACAUGAAGCCGGACAGCUAACGUUACUGCUAGAAAGAUGAAUAAAAGAGAAUGAACCAUGGAAAUGACCCGUCAGACAAGAAGGUCAGCAAACAGGCGCUAAAGUUAGCGAAGUUAUCAGCUAUCUGUAUAGCUAAUCUAACUUUAGCUUCUUUACUCUAGAUAAAAGGGUUAAAAAACCGUCUCCGGCAUCCAUUUAAUGCUGAAUAAAGGGAGCAGUACUGUCUUCUUUGUUGUUUCGCGUGUGGAGCGAGGGACGAGCUACGCUAAUGCUAGCUUGUUUAUUCAUUAGCCUGCCGAUCAGUGACUGGCGGUCAGGAUUGGUGGACGCCGCAGGGAUUCUGGUGUUUGUUUAGUGUAUUUGCAUGAAGCAUGUAAUGGAUAUAAGAGGGUAAAAAUGCUACAAAAUGAAGCAUAAUAUGAAUAAAAUACCACGUUAAACUCUUUGGCUGGAACGCCCCUUUAGAUGUUCCAGUUCUUGCUGGUAAAUUCCUGUAAAAUUCACAUGAAAAGGUUAGAAGGCCUGUGUAAAGAAUAUAUACAGAAUAUUUUCAUCAAGCAAUGUUUGCACAUCUGAUGGGUAUAGAAAUACGUCAUACGGAGGAAAAUGCAGUUAGCAAUAUUAACAGAGCUACAAUCUGAUGUUCAUAUGGCAAAAGUGAACUUGUGGAAAUUGAAAUGUGUAGAGCUGUUUAUGAACAUCGCCUGUCCAAUAGAAAAUCAACGGACGUCCACCAGAUUUUCUGAAUGCACUAUUUUCACACUUCAGUUACUGCUUAUGCAUCCGGGCCUGGAUUAUUAUACACGCACCGGCUACUCCAGCAGAAACACGCUGUGCUUGUAGCUCCCCCUUGUUCAGUUAGUGGCUGUCGCUCAUCUGUUUGCGUUAGCCGUCCUCUUUCUCUUCUUCAAUGGUCAGUUUACGCCCACAGAGAAGCUCAGGUGAAGGCUUGUUCAUUGUUAUAGUUCACAUUAAGUCGUCCUUUGUCCUGAAUCGCAUCCACAGCCUGGCACAACCGUUAUGAAGAGCUGAGCGCAGAUUCAAGGGGACUUCUUGUGUUUGUUAGCAAUGAAGCACAAGAUGCUGAAUGAAAAAGAUAAAAUAAUAAUAAUAAAAAAAAAAACGAUUGGCUGAUCAACUGCGUCUGGAGUAAGUCGCUUACAGGAAAUGGGAGCUUUGAGAUCACUAAACAAGUUGUGUGGUGAUGUCUGUAGGCGUGCAGUGCUAAAGCUACAUUAGCUUCCUAGCUCCACAGCAAACUUCGCUCUGAAGGUCGUGAACAAAUGCAUGUGUUGAGAUGUGAUGAGUCAGUCCUCACACACGUGUUGAUUGUUAAAACAUAUGAAUUACAUGCCACUGUUUGUGAAGACCAACGCAGGCGGAAACUCUCACACAUCAGUAAAUCCAUGCAUGUGUGAAUCACUUCUAAUGCUGUAAUUGUACCUUUCUUGAACUGCCGCUACGUAAUGCAGUCAGACAGCUGUGUUGACUGACAUGCCUGGCUGAAUCCACAGUAUUACACAGCACUAGGUACACAUUAAUGAUUACACAUUAAUCAUAGCUGCAAUGAUUAUUGUAUUCAUGUAAUUAAGGCAGGAAAAAUUAAUGUGAAUGCAAGAGCUCAGCACCUUUGUCACUGAGGAUGUUACAUUUACAACAUUUUCACUGGCAUCCGAGAACCUUUUAAAUUGUCAGACAUCUGAGGGGGCGUGGCUUCCAAGUCAUUCAUUCAUUCAUUCAUUCAUUCAGAACCAUUAGCCUACUGUGUUUUGCACACUGUGGUAUUAGACCUCCACAUUUAACCCAUCCAUGAAGUGAAACACCACAUACACACUAGUGAACA